AUGACAGCUUCAAGUCGGGGUGGGCGGGCCGUUCAGGCUGUGCUAUCCACUUCUCCCAACGUCUGCGCUCGAUGCGCUUCUUCAUCCUCCUCCGCCCUGCCUAGAAUCCCUGCACGACUCUACUCAUCCGUCGCUGCAGCCGUAGCGAAAACUCCCACCGAUGCCUCGCCUCCCUCAAACGCACCCAACUCGCCGCCUUACGAUGUUCGUUCUGGAGUGAUUCUUACUCGACCACCACUGGUGACACGGAAACUUCACCCCUUUGAGAACUCCUUCUUCUUUUACCAGAAGCGUCUCGAGGAACGUCUCAACACUCCCUUCAUCACGGGCAUCUACUUCAAGCCCGAUACAGCUCGCCGUUUAGACUGGAACAUCAAGGUUCAGGAGCGACAGGGAACAGUGGCCAAGGAGCUGGGUAUUUACAAUGGCAAGAGUUCCAAGGCGUGGGAAGAUGAGCUCAAGGUUGGAGAUGAGCUGAGCAACCAGGAGACUAUUGUCAAAUCUCUGUUGAAGGAUGCUGAGUCGCGUGUCAGUGAUGAUGCUGAGGUUAUUCCUUCCAAUGAUGUUGUUCCUGUUGAGCCCCCUGCGGAUCGUGUUACUGAGGCCGACCACAAGGGCGAUGUUAAGAGGCUGGAUCGUCAACUUGACCGAACCCUGUAUCUUGUGGUCAAGGGUAAGGAUGGAUGGGGCUUCCCCGCGGAUGUGAUUCCCAAGGACGAGAACCUUCACGAGUCCGCUAAGCGAGUUCUUGACCAGGCUGCUGGUGUCAACAUGAACACUUGGCUCGUGAGCCGCAUACCAGUUGCCCAUGUCGUCUCUCGACCCACGCUCAGCAAGGAAGGUGUCGUUGAGAAGAAGGGUGAAAAGACAUUCUUCAUCAAGGGCAGAAUAAUGGCAGGUCAGGCCGAUCUGAAGGAUAACCCCUUUGGUUACACCGAGUUCAAGUGGUUGACUCGUGAGGAGUUGGAAAAAGAGUUGCCCAAGUCAUACUUCAAGGGUGUGCGCAACAUGAUGACUGACAGGUAA